UCCCAUUUGGGAGAAGGGUUCCAGUGGCUCCUUCUGGGUCUGACGAUCAUGAAGCCCCGGCACUGAGGCGGUGGAUGCCCAGCAAAGGCGGGCGUGAGGGGAAGACUCCACCACCGCAACAGACCAUCCAGCCACAGCCACCGCCGUGAGGUCGAACGGCGGCUGAAGAGAACCAAGGCGAGGGACCGUGCCGAGGAGUCUCUCCUGGCUUCCCGCUAAGAGGGGGAUUCCCCCGGCUGCUCGACUUCCGGCGCCGCGCCGGCGCCGCCUGUCUCCUGUCCCGCCCUCGGCACGGCCGGGGAGUUUCAUUUUUUCUUCCUUUCAGUUUCCACGCAAACUCUUGUUUGAGUUUUUUCUGUUUAAAUACACACACUUUAGUAAGCCUGAGACGAGGCUGAGGGACAAGCCGUCUCUUCUGCCUGCUGGGCUUCUCCCUUUCUUCUCCCAGGAUGGCGGGUUCGCUGCCGGCCGCCCCUGUGCCCAUAAACCGCCUGGCGGAGCCGCUGCUGAAGAAACUCAGCGCCUCUCUGGACCGGGCGGCUCCGAGCAGAGGCUGGAGGGACUUGGCGCAGCUGGCUGGGAGCCAGGGCAGGGUGAAGCUGAGUUCCCGGGAAUUGGAGCAGUGUUCUCUCCAAGUACUGGAGCCUGAAGGAAGCCCCAGCUGGAGUCUUCUUCAACUAAUGGGGGAAAGAGGCUGUACUGUGUUGGAGCUGACAGAAUUGCUACAGACCCUGGAACACACUGAGGCACUUCAGUGUCUCAAUCCCCCAAGUAUAAAGGUAGUUGUAGAACCAGAAUCUCAGGCUGUGUUAUCUGGCCGGAUGGUGAAGCUGAGCUGCUGGGCAGCUGGUUGUCCACUUCUUCAUUAUCAGUGGUUCAAAGAGGAGAAAGCGAUUCCGCAUGGGAAUUUCCCAGAACUGGUACUCAACCAAGUGAGUGCAGAUGAUGCUGGUUUUUACAUAUGUCGAGUAAACAGUGAUUAUUCUUAUGAGUUCAGCCAUUGGGCACAGCUAGAUGUAUGUGAUAUCCAAGGAGCUUGUCAUGGAAACUGCCUUGAUUUGCCUGAAAGGAAAAUACAUAUUUGCAUCCAUCCACAGUCCCAAAACCUGUUGGUAGGGGAAAAGUUGAUUCUGCAGUGUGGAGCUAUAGGAAUUCCUCUGCCUCAAUAUCAAUGGUACAGAAAUGGAUCUCCAUUGACUAAUGGGGAUAAAAAGGUCUAUAUGGUAUCCUGCAUGGAUACCGAACACCAGGGCACAUAUUGGUGCCAUGUAUAUAAUGACCAAGACAAUCAAGAAAGCAAGAAGAUAAAAGUUAUUAUAGGAGGAAAAUCUAUUGCAGUAGAAUGCUCUGAAGAAGACGUAAAUGACUUUGAAAUGUCUGAUCUUGAAGAACAGUCAACUGAAAGGCAAUUUGCGAUAGACAAAGUGGCUCUGCUGAUGGGCAACAUGAACUAUUACAAUCAUCCCAAGCUCAAGGCUCCAUUGGUGGAUGUUUAUGAACUGACCAACUUGCUGAGGCAGCUGGACUUCAAAGUGGUUUCCUUGCUGGAUCUUACUGAACCUGAGAUGCGGAAUGCAGUAAAUGAAUUCUUAUUGCUCCUGGACAAAGGGGUAUAUGGUUUAUUAUAUUAUGCUGGCCAUGGCUAUGAAAACUAUGGUAACAGUUUUAUGGUUCCUAUUGAUGCCCCAAAUCCCUAUCGAGCUGCAAACUGUCUAUGUGUACAAAACAUUCUCAAACUGAUGCAAGAAAAGGAUACUGGCCUCAAUGUUUUUUUACUGGAUAUGUGCCGAAAAAGGAAUGAAUAUGAUAAUACUGUUCUCAUCUUGGAUGCCCUGAAGGUUACAGCUAACAUUGUUUUUGGAUAUGCCACUUGCCAAGGAGCAGAAGCUUUUGAAAUUCAGCAGUCUGGGUUAGCGAAUGGGAUUUUCGUGAAGUUCUUGAAGGAACGCUUGUUAGAGGACAAGAAGAUUACUGUGCUGCUUGAUGGUGUAGCAGAAGAUAUGGGCAGGUGUCACCUUACCAAAGGCAAGCAGGCUUUGGAGAUUCGCAGCAGUUUAUCUGAGAAGAGAGCAUUGACUGAUCCUAUUCAGCAAACAGUAACCUCAGUAGAGUCGUUGGCACGCAAUCUACAGUGGGCAAAAGCUCACGAACUUCCUGAAAGUAUGUGCCUUCAGUUUACAUGUGGUGUUCAAAUCCAGCUUGGUUUCGCAGCAGAAUUCUCCAACGUCCUGAUCGUCUACACAAGGAUAGUAAAGAAACCACCUGAAAUAACAGUUUGCAAAGCUUAUGUUACAGAUUUCCCCCUUGACUUGGAUGUGGACCCUAAAGAGGCAAAUAAGGGGACUCCUGAGGAAACUGGCAGCUACUUGCUUUCAAAGGAUUUGCCUAAACAUUGUCUCUACACUAGAAUAAGUUCACUGCAGAAACUAAAGGAAGACUUAACCUUCACAGUUUGCCUACACUAUGAAUAUGCAGGAGUAGAUGAUGUUGUGGAUGAAAGGAAAGUGGUUAAUAUUGGCAAGCCACUCAUUGCUAAAUUACGCAUCCAUCAAGGAUACAGGAAGAAGAGCUGUUUCCAGAACAGUUUUAUGCCUAAUGGGCCUGGUUUUGCCCCGCCGCCUGGUGCAGUGGAAGCUGGAUACUGCCCCCCUCAUCAUAAUCAUCAGCCACAUUCUUAUGCAGGUUUUCCCCAAGCAAGCCCUGCUCACCCAGGAAGUCUGCAACCAGCAAGGUGCCAUUGCAGUACCACACCAAAUAGAUUAGUUGCAUGGCCGGCAACAUGGUCAUAUCCAUCCAGUUCAAGCCAAAGCAACAUACCUGUGGAGACAACAGAUGAACUGGAAUCAGAUUUCUCAGGAAGCUUGAGACUAUCUCAUCAACAAUAGUCAAAAUCUCUGCACAGCAGUUGAGCAAUAACUUUCCUCGGGCAGCAGUGAGUUGCAACACUGCUUGUGUAUCUUGGAUUUUGAAAAAGUGGCGUUACCAUGUAUACACAAUAUUGGAUUGGACCCACACUUGUGUCCUAUUGAAAUCAAUAAAUUGUUUAGGCUGGAUCCAAUUUGUUGGGAUUAUGAGCUGACACAUACUUAAACAAUCGUUUUGCACAACAGAUAAUUCUUGGAUAUUUUUCCUUGACAAGCUAGGGAUGAGGAAACAGCAGGUCAUGUCGCAAUACAGUCAUAAGGAAAAGUCUGAUUAAGGCAGGGCUGCCUGACAAGCCCAGAUAUGAAUCAUAGAAGAAUAUAUAUAUUCUCUCUUAACAUGUUGAAAAUGCUGCAGUACAGCAUGCUACCUGUUCAGGCUUCUAGCAAUUCUAUUCUCCCUCCCUAACGAUCAUCAUUCCAUGGUCACUGAGCACAUCCAGUCUUGGCUGGGGGGGUUGACCCCAUUGGGUUUCCCCCUUAAAGAUUUUUUUGUAUUUCUGAAAAACUUGGGGAGGGGUCUCCCCAGAUCUACUGAUAUAUCCCUCUUGUUCAUGGGUGGUGCUGUUUUAGCUACAGAGGCUAUGAACAGCCUGAAGAUUAGCAAUGGAAAGAAUGAUGUUUUGAGGACAACACGGAAUACCUGGUGCUGGGACCAAAAAAAACAAACAAACAGUUUGGGGUGUCACCUUCCUUGUGCUCCUGGAUGAAUGUAUGGAAACUGGAAUUGAAUCUUGCUCGGAUCUAUCAAUGGUACUCUUAUUUUUAUACUCUGAAAGUUCUGAAAUUUUCCUCUGGCAACAAGCACUAUACAAACAACCUGUGAUUAAAAAAAAGCUUUUGCAGAAAUUCUGUGUUAGUCAUUUGGAAGCCAGAUGUGUUUUGCAAGAGCAGUGUGUUGUAUUCAGCAUAGCAAUAAGUCAGGAUCCCAUCAGUGCAAGGAUUCCUACUAGCACACCAAAACUUCCCCACUCUCCUCCUCCCGUGGGCCCACUAACUCUGUUCUAGGGAUUCCCCCAACCCUCUGAAGCAGAUUUGGGAUGGGGACAUGUGGGGGGUGGAGAGGGGUGGCAAAGUCCCCUUGUGCUAGCAGGAAUCUUUAAGCUAAUGGGGUUUUCCUCCUCUAAUUUAUAUUGUCCUUUUCAAGGUUCAAUUUCUUUUAUUGUUUAUAUUGUAUGGAAACUGAUAAUGUCCUUAUUUCUUAAUAUUUGUAUAUGUUUUGUAUGUAUUCUUUGCAUCUUCUUUAUUCGGUGUGAAUUUUUUUUAAAAAAAGUUCAGCAUCCUGUUCCCCUGUGUAACUACAGGGCAUGUGGUAUAUUAUAAUUAAACUCAUACCUGUAUUUCGGGGGGGGGGAAUACCUGGAAGAGAGAUAAUUUGUCCAAAACUGUGCUAACCAACCAUGAGUCUGAAUCUUUGCAUGGUGCAAUUUUGCAUGGAUGUGCUGACAAAGAAGUGUAGGAGAGUUAUGAUACAAGAAGAGUUGCUGUAUUGGGGUAUUAAAGGGGCGACAGCUGCGAAGUGGUUCUGAAGGCCAUGUGGGACAGACAACCUCUGGGACUCUAGGAAGCCAGGAGAACAAGGUGCCAAGGCAAGAGUGAGAAGCAAGAACUUGGGGAGGGGGACACUGUGGGAGGGAACAGAUAAACAAGCCAGUGAUGGAGGUCUGGAAAGCUGUUUGGAGAAGGGCCCAGGAUGAAUGGAGGCCCCUACACCGUCAGGAGUGGUGGAUGAUUUAUCGAGACAGAUGAUUGUUACUCUUGUUUUAAAUGUUUUGUUGAUUUUUAUCUUUGUUUUUAAUGGUGGCUUUAUGUAUAUUUGUUUUUAAUUGGUUUGUGUAUUUUAAUCAUGUUUUAUGUAUAAUUGGACUUGUACACCACUUGAAGAUUUAUUUCUUUUUUGAGCAAGAGGUUUAUACAUUUUCUAAAUAAAUGUCAAUGGAAUUGAAAGAGG